UCAGGAAAAUGGACGGACAUCCAUCCCCUUCCCUUCCCAUCUCCUCUCCGCUCCUCUGGGGGUAUCUGUUCCCCGACACCUGUGUCUCUGUCUCCGACUCUUCUCUCUCCUCUCUUCUGCAACCAUGAAGGGUCCGGGGUUGUUCUCUGACAUCGGGAAGAAGGCGAAGGAUCUGCUGACGAGGGAUUAUAGUUACGACCAGAAGUUAACGAUUUCAACCCGCAGCGCAACCGGAGUGGCUCUCACUUCUGGUGCUGUUAAGAAGGGGGGACUCUAUGCCCUUGACGUUUCUACACAGUACAAUUAUAAAAAUACCCUUGUUGAUGUCAAAAUUGACACAGAUUCAAAUAUCACAACCACCUUCACAGUCUUGGACGUUCUGCCAUACACAAAGACUAUCGCUACAUUCAAGCUGCCUGACCGCAACGCUGGAAAGAUGGAGUUUCAAUAUUUCCAUGACCAUGCUGCUUUCUCUUCGGUCGUGGCUUUGAAGCAAACCCCAGUGGUUGAUCUUUCUGCUUCUUUUGGCGCUCAUGGCGUCGUGUUUGGCGCCGAAGCUGGUUUUGAUACUUCUUCAGGAAUUUUUACCAAAUACAAUGCUGGAGUUGGCCUCAAAAAACCAGAACAUGAUGUUUCUGUCAUUUUGGCUGACAAGGGCGACACGCUUCGAGCGUCAUAUGUCUAUCACCUGGACGAGAAGCAGAGGAGCUCUGUCGUUGCGGAGAUCAACAGAAAGUUUUCCACCAAUGAAAACACCUUCACCGUCGGAGGAGCGUAUGCGGUCGACCCUCAGACCACCGUGAAGGCUCGACUGAACAACUCUGGCAAGCUCGGAGCCCUUCUACAACAUGAGGUGAAGCCCAAAUCCAUCCUCACAAUUUCUGGUGAGUUUGAAACCAAGGCUUUGGAUAGGACCCCAAAGUUUGGACUUGCACUAGCACUCAAGCCUUGAUUGAUCAACUGUGAAAAGGUUGAAAUUCAAAAUUUUAUUUUUGACAAUAAUAACAAAAUAUUCUCCACAGAUGUGGUUUGGUUUUGUGUUAGUUUUUUUAGGUAUUCUGAGACAGUUGACAGAAAUGUUGUAUUUGCAAUGUCAUUUUUUCUGUUACAUGAUGCGAGAAAUGCUCACAUAUGCUGAGUUUUAGAUUCU